AUGAUGCGCUGCAGCGUGUGCAACGGCCGCGGCUACGUCAAGCUGAGCAAGGCGGAGGUGGCCGGCCGCGACGACUGCCCGCCAAAGGUGCUCGAGGCGAUCGACGAGUUCUACGCGUGCCGCUCGUGCGGCAAGCUCUACUGGGAGGGACCAAAGUCAAACAACGCCUUCGAGCACUUUACGAGCGUCUUCGACGGCUUCGGCCCCAGCACGGGGUCGGGACUGUGA